AGCAAAAAUUCAAAUGACUACUGGACAUUCAGAUCAGAAUGAAAAUAACACAUCGAUCAGGGCAACAGAAAGCACCAAACAAAACUGCAAUGAAACUGUCAUGUUAGAUAAUGUGAAAAUUUGUGGAUACUCAUUUGAACUGCUCAUGUUUCAUACGCUUGACCGUAAGGACUGGUGCAAUGUGACAAGUCUUCUUAGGCAGUACAGUUUUUUUUCAUCAUGUACUGAAAACGUAACUAUCUAUGCAGGAUGCUUUUGGCCGAACCCUAUAGUGGAAGGCUUCAUUAUUGGGAUUCACAAGAAGUUUUUUUCAAACUGUACGUACAUUGCAGAAACUAUGCCUGAGGACCCUCCUGACAAGAUUCUCAGCAUCCUCCUAUUGAUCCCAGUGCUUUUAACUGCUGCAAUGAUUGCACUAGUUGUAUGGUGCAGUAGAAGGAGUGACAUAUUGGUUUAAAAAAUCCUCUGUGAUUCUUUUUACAAAUCAUGACCACUCCAUGAAUACAGCCUCAUGUCAUGCAAGUAAUCCAUGCAGUUUCAGGAGAACAGGAUCACAGAGGAUAUUCUGAAGAACAAAGCCAUUCACUGUUGAAGGUCACCACCUUAAGCUUUCUUGAAAGGCCUUACUGUUCUCUCUUUAAAGUCAUCAGGAGUUAUUUCAUUAAAAUCAAAACAAUUUUAUUCUGUGGUUUCCUGAAUGUACUUGUUCAGCUAUGAAUGACUCCUAUUAAGA